CGAGUGAGCGGAGAGAAAGAGAGAGCGGAGGGCACGGAGAGGAAAAAAGACAGGCAGGAAGAGAAAGAGAGCAGGAAUUAGAAAGUAAGAAAACAGUGAAAAAAAAAAAAAAGGAAAACAGACCGCCAUAAAAUUCUCCCACGGCCAAAACCUAGGCAACCUCCUUAACAUACCAGCGCCGCCGCUGCCACCAACCACACAGUAUGCCCUUCGCCGGCAGCCGUCUACCACCAUCACCGAACUCCACCACGGAUUCCAGCCACACCCACAGCCAUCUGCCCCAUCCGAUCAGCCUUCCCUAAUCAAUCAACACACCACCAAAACACCAUCGCAGCCCAGACCUCUCUCUCCGCGGCGCAGCAACCACAGCCUCCUUUCAACCCAAAUCCCACCAUAAAACCCGAAAUCAGGCCGAGAAACGAAGCAAAAUUCCACCAGAAACCACACCAAAGAAUCCAACAGUGACUGCUGCCUUUUCUCCCAAUAACCAGAUCGUUUUCUGCCCGUUUCUUCCCGCGGGUUCAUCUCCGCUCGUGAGAUACACGCGCCGCCGACCAAUCGCAUGGCAACUCUCUAGCGCGUGGGUCACGCUUCCCAGUCUCCUUUACAGCAUUUCCCGCCCUAAUUCAGCAGCUCCCGAACGUCGUUUUCAAACUUACUUCACCAUUUGAGAGAAAGUACCAACCUAUCUAUGUAGCUCACUCCCUGCUGCUAUCUUUUUCCUGCAAUUAAUUCCCUAAUCGGAUUCGACGAUCUCCUGAAAUGAGAUGGCGUCUUCACAAUCUUCACAAAAUGUGGAGUUGGAGGCUGCUAAGUUUCUACACAAACUCAUUCAAGAUUCUAAAGAUGAGCCCGCGAAACUGGCUACAAAACUCUAUGUGAUUUUGCAACACAUGAAAUCAAGCGGGAAGGAACAUUCCAUGCCGUAUCAAGUAAUAUCAAGGGCCAUGGAGACUGUCAUCAAUCAGCAUGGUCUUGAUAUUGAAGCUUUGAGGUCAUCGCGCCUUCCUUUGACCGGUGGAACUCAAAUGGGGGAUUCUUCGACUGCACAAUAUGGGGGAUCUUCACAGGCAGUUGGAGUUGGGAAAGACUCUAAAGCUGGAUUGGCUGAAAAUGAGAUAUCCAAAGUUGAUCCUUAUGCUUCCAGUAGGCCCCCUGCUGGCCCAAGUAGCGCAGGCCAUGAUUAUUAUCAAGGAUCUGGAACUCAAAGGAGCAGCCAGUCAUUUGAUCAUGAAAGUCCUUCUAGUUUGGACACUAGGUCUGCCAAUUCACAAUCCCAAGAAAGAGGAGCGAAUCAGAAGGAUAGUAAAAAGGCUGUUGCUAAGAGGAAGAGGGGUGAUUCAUCUUUACACUUAGAAAUGCAUGUUGACAAUCCCCAACAACUUGAUCCUCGCAAUACCAUAGUUAAUCCAAGGAAGGGGAAAAUGAACAAGGUUGACUCACCAGGGAGUUAUGCAGUUAGAGGUGGUGAAAAUACCAGCUUUAAUAAGGUUCCUAGUAGUGGUCAGCUGGAAGUUUCAUCUUCUUAUGUGUCUGCAGGACAACAGCAAGGGGGUUCUCUUUCAUCUGCACAUGAAAGUCUCACUUCCAGGUGUAUGUGGAAUCAAAACAAAGCAGGGUUAUCCCUUGAAAGAUCUCAAGUUCCGAGGUUCUCUUCGAAUGCUGUUUCUGGUAAUGCAACAGCAGAAAUUCCAUCGCAGCAGUCAGCAAUUUCAUCUCUUGGAUCAAGUGCUUUUAGCAAGGUUCAUGGAGGGAUGCCUGCCACUUCGUAUCCAGCAGGGCCCAUGGGGGAGCCAGGGUUUGCAGGUCUAGUGCAAUAUGGUGGUUCUGAACAUCAGAAACAUGGAUUGGCAAAGGGUGCUGUAGCUAGUUCUGCUGAGAAAACCUCAGAAGGAUUUUUUUCUGCUAACCGUGUGGAUGACUUUCCCACUUCACUUUCAACUGGAAAGAUUUUAGAAAAUGAUGGAGGAAGUUCAAACAUGUUUGCAGAGUCAAAUAAGAUUAUCCAGGGUGGCAGGCAAUCUAGUAAUUCAGAAUUGACAAUGAUUAGAUCAACACCUCCUAGAGAUGUUGGAAAAUCUCCUGUUUCCCAGGGUUCUGUCUCGCCUGGCAUGCCUUUCAAUGAACAACAGCUGAGACAGCUCAGAGCUCAGUGCCUUGUCUUUUUAGCAUUCAGAAAUGUUUUGCCGCCAAAGAAACUUCAUCUGGAUAUAGCACUUGGAAAUGUUGUUCCUAAAGAUGGUGGCACUUUGGAUGGUCCUCGCAAAGAGCUGACUGAUCAUAAAGGAAAGGCACAAUCUUCUAAUGAGCCAACCAAUAUUCCUGAAGUUUUAAUGCCAUGUGGAAGGCUGAAUAAUGCAAAGGAAUUUGAUAAAGUGCUUCCCGGUUUGGGGGGAAGAUUCUUGGAUGAAAACUGUGCAUCCAAAGAAGCUGAUAAACUUAAAAUGAUGGAGGACAAAAGUGGUCUACCUUCUGACCCCUCGAUGCUUGCAGAUGAAAGGAAAUAUCUGUACUCCACAAGGAAACUGGAUGCUGAAAUACAAAGGCAGGAAGCAGUGGAAUCACAGGCAGUUUUCACCACUGCAAUGCAGCAGCCUGAUUCAGCAAGGGGUGGUUUACCCUUGAGUAACCCUGUGGACAGCAUGGGGAAUGCCUUUCUUCAAGUUGGAAAAACUGACCAUGCUUCUUCUGCAACAUUCAUAAAUAAGCAGGCAAUCCCUGAGGCAGUUAGCUGGACUAGAAUUGGCAGUCAAUCCCAACCAUCCGGCUCCAUUCAGCUCGGAUUGGUUCCAGACAGAAAAGAUAAUGCUCCUAGUCAGUUUCACAUUCUUGGCAAUAGUAAUGCUUCAGAUGAUUCAAAAUUCGAAUUUCAAACAAGAUACGCUCUAGAUGCGUGUAAGGUUGUUUCAGUUGAUGUUUCGUUAAGAAAUGACAUCUCUUUUACAACAGAACAAGAUGAUGAUGAUAAGUCAGCCGCUUCUACUGAUUCACCACCUUCUCCAAAGUACACCAUGUUAGAGAAAUGGAUUAUGGAUCAGCAGAGGAAGAAACUUUUAACCGAGCAAGGUUGGGUUCUAAAACAGCAGAAAACAAAACAAAGAAUUGCAACUUGUUUUGACAAGUUAAAGGAAACUGUUAGCUCGUCUGAAGACAUAUCUGCAAAAACCAAAAUUGUAAUAGAAUUGAAAAAGCUUCAGCUCUUGGAGCUUCAACGCCGUCUAAGGAGUAAUUUUCUCAAUGAUUUUUUUAAGCCCAUCACAAAUGACAUGGAUCGUUUGAAAUCAUAUAAGAAACAUAAGCAUGGUAGGAGGAUCAAACAACUUGAAAGGUAUGAGCAGAAAAUGAAGGAAGAACGACAAAAGAGGAUACGUGAAAGGCAGAAGGAGUUCUUUGCUGAGAUAGAAGUUCACAAGGAAAGACUGGAAGAUGUGUUUAAGAUUAAGAGAGAACGCUGGAAAGGUUUCAAUAAAUAUGUCAAAGAGUUCCAUAAAAGGAAGGAGCGUACCCAUCGGGAGAAGAUUGACAGAAUCCAGCGUGAGAAGAUUAAUUUAUUGAAAAUCAAUGAUGUUGAGGGGUAUCUGCGAAUGGUGCAGGAUGCAAAAUCAGACCGUGUUAAGCAACUGCUGAAAGAGACGGAGAAGUAUCUUCAAAAGCUGGGAUCCAAGCUACAGGAAGCUAAGUCUAUGGCAAGCCGAUUUGAGAAUGAUAUGGAUGAGUCACGGCAUGCUGCUGUUGUUGAGAAGAAUGAAACUUCUGUUGAGAAUGAAGAUGAAAGUGACCAGGCCAAGCAUUACAUGGAAAGCAAUGAGAAGUACUAUUUGAUGGCUCAUAGUGUAAAAGAAAGCAUUGCAGAACAGCCAACAUGUCUCCUGGGCGGAACAUUAAGGGAGUAUCAGAUGAAUGGACUACGGUGGUUGGUUUCACUAUACAACAAUCAUUUGAAUGGCAUUCUUGCUGAUGAAAUGGGUCUUGGAAAAACUGUUCAGGUUAUUUCUCUAAUUUGCUAUCUGAUGGAAACAAAAAAUGAUAGAGGGCCUUUCUUGGUGGUUGUACCUUCUUCAGUUUUACCUGGCUGGGAGACUGAAAUCAAUUUCUGGGCACCUGGAAUCCACAAAAUUGUCUAUUCUGGGCCUCCGGAGGAGAGGCGCAGGCUAUUUAAGGAAAAGAUUGUGCAUCAAAAAUUCAAUGUCCUUCUGACAACGUAUGAAUAUCUGAUGAACAAACACGAUAGACCGAAACUGAGCAAGAUACAUUGGCGCUAUAUAAUAAUUGAUGAAGGCCAUCGCAUAAAGAAUGCUUCUUGCAAAUUGAAUGCUGACUUGAGGCAUUAUCAGAGUUCUCACAGGUUGUUAUUAACUGGAACACCACUACAGAACAAUCUUGAGGAAUUGUGGGCACUACUCAACUUUUUGCUACCUAACAUAUUUAACUCAGCAGAGGAUUUUUCUCAGUGGUUCAACAAACCAUUUGAGAGUAAUGGUGACAAUUCAGCCGAUGAAGCCUUACUUUCCGAGGAGGAAAAUUUGUUGAUCAUAAACCGUCUCCACCAAGUUCUUCGACCAUUUGUACUUCGGAGACUGAAACACAAGGUUGAGAAUCAACUGCCUGAGAAGAUUGAGAGACUUGUUCGGUGUGAGGCUUCUGCAUAUCAGAAGCUUCUUAUGAAGAGAGUAGAAGAGAAUCUUGGUUCAAUUGGAAAUUCAAAGGCUCGAACAGUGCACAACUCAGUUAUGGAGCUUCGUAACAUAUGCAAUCACCCAUACCUUAGCCAGCUUCAUGCGGAUGAGGUUGAUACUUUGAUACCUAAGCAUUUUCUGCCACCAAUUAUUAGGCUUUGUGGAAAGCUUGAGAUGCUAGAUCGUUUGCUACCCAAAUUGAAAGCAACAGACCAUCGGGUUCUUUUCUUUUCCACAAUGACCAGGCUGCUUGAUGUUAUGGAGGAGUAUCUCACUUGGAAACAGUAUCGAUACCUUCGCUUGGAUGGUCAUACCUCUGGAGGUGACCGUGGUUCGCUCAUUGACCGUUUUAACCAACAAGAUUCUCCAUAUUUUAUUUUCUUGCUCAGCAUUCGGGCUGGUGGUGUUGGAGUGAACCUUCAAGCUGCUGAUACUGUGAUCAUAUUUGAUACUGAUUGGAAUCCUCAGGUUGAUCUUCAAGCUCAAGCAAGGGCUCAUAGGAUUGGCCAGAAGAGGGACGUGCUUGUUCUUCGAUUUGAAACAGUCCAAACUGUUGAAGAACAAGUCAGAGCUUCUGCUGAGCAUAAACUGGGAGUUGCCAAUCAGAGCAUUACUGCUGGUUUCUUUGACAAUAAUACAAGUGCAGAAGAUCGAAGGGAAUACUUGGAGUCCCUUCUGCGUGAAUGCAAGAAAGAGGAGGCUGCCCCUGUUUUAGAUGAUGAUGCUCUAAAUGAUCUCUUAGCUCGCAGUGAAUCAGAGAUUGAUGUAUUUGAAUCAGUUGACAAACAAAGGCGGGAUCAAGAAAUGGCAACAUGGAAGAGUUUGUUAUCGGGUCAAGGGAUGGAUGCUUUGGAACCUCUACCACCUUUGCCUUCACGGCUUGUAACAGAUGAUGACUUGAAAGCACUCUAUGAAGCAAUGAAGUUGUAUGAUAUGCCAAAGGCUGGGGCAGAAUCCAAUGCAGGGGCGAAGCAUAAGGGGCAGCAUGUUGGGGGCCUUGAUACUAAACAUUAUGGAAGGGGCAAACGAGCUAGAGAGGUACGCUCUUAUGAAGAGCAAUGGACAGAAGAGGAAUUUGAGAAGAUGUGUCAGGCUGAAUCUCCAGACUCUCCUAAGGUGAAAGAAGAAACAGGAGAGAGGAACUUGCCAAAAGAGGCUAGUGGGUCUUUAUUGGCUAUUGGUUGCACAGAACCUCAAGCUCCACCACAACUGCCACCGCUGCCACCUCCUGUGGAGCCUCUCCUGCUGCAGCAGAGCAAAGAGGUAACUCCUCCAUCAAAACGGGGGCGUGGAAGGCCGAGAAGAGCAACUUCAGAUAAAUCUCCAGCUGCGAUGGUACUCUCAGUACCUCCUGAAACUGGCAAAGUGGAUGUGGAGUUACAGAAGGGAAUAGAGUCUGGCUCCUCAAAAACAUCUCCUCUUGAUUCUUCUCCUGUUCUUAAUUUAGAAGGUAAUAGUGGAGCCACACCUCAUUUAGGAUCAAGGAUUGCUCCCAGUGCUCAGCCAACCACUCCAGUUUCUGUUGCACUUAGCUCACAAAUCACUACUGCUCCCCUUUCUGUGCCAUUGCAAUCAAGAGGUCGAGGACGGAAGGUUCAAGGUGCAGUUCAAACACCACGGCGCAGAGGAAAGAAUCAAGUGGCUGUUUCACCCACCACUUCAAGUUCUGCUGUUCCUGAUCCAAAUAUAAAUGAUCAAUCACAGAAUGUAUCUGUCAAUCCAUCAGUAAUUGCCAUGGGUGGAACUGUUUCUAGUGCUCCCAUGCCACAACAUCCUACUAAUUUUCCUGCUGCUGCUGUUCCUGUAGAGGGUAUUAGUGCAGCCACUCAUCAUUCUGGGCCUGGGACUGCUUUGGAUUCUCAACCAAACCCUCCCAACCCUUCUAUCUCCCCUACCAUUCAAUCCAUAGUUCCUAGUUCUUCAGUUCCUAUGCAAGUCAAAGGGCAAAACCGAAAGACUCAAAGUGGCACUGAAACAACUCGACGCAAAGGAAAGAAAGAGGUGCCAGUAUCACCUUCUGUUCCAGAUGCUUCAGACAGUCAGCUUUCAAAAUCCAAUCCAACGUUGUCACAGGAUAAAUCUGGGGAAUCAGGAAGUAAAGCUAUUUUCAUGGUUAGUAACCAACAGAAUGAUGCUCUGGAAAGAGAUUUUAACCAGGAGCAAGUGUCCCAAGAAGUUGGCCAGGAUAAAAAAGCAACUGAGCAUUUGGAUGAUGUAGCCCAGCAUAGGCAACCAGCCAGCACUCUUACAACGCAUGAUGGUAUUACCAGAUCUAUGGCUUGUGCAGGAUCUUCUGGACAAAUACAUGGUGUUGAUAUGCAUGAUGUAGCUUCUGUGACAAAGGAGGUUUCAGCAGUGAAUAGCUCUUCAAAAGCUAAAGUACUUGAAGUUUCUGGGAGUGAAAGUGGAGUUAUCCUGUCUACACCUCAAUUAAGUAAGCGCUUUGCAGAGGUGGUCCAGAAUCAAAGCUCAGAGGAUAACCCUUCCCCAGUGGUUUAUCCUGCAACUGAGUCAAUACUUCAUUCUGCCACUGUAGAAGGUGUUUGCAAAACUGUGCAUCAGCUUGCUCCAAAGAUUACUUCCAGCUCUCAGCCAAUUUCAUCUUAUCCUUCUGUUACUCCAGUAUUUCAAUCUAACACUCCUGAAGCCAUGCAAGUUAAAAGGCAAGGCCAUAAAGCUCCUACCAGAGGGGAAGCACCUAGACGAAGAGGUAAGAAACAGGGUUCAGUUUCACCUGCUGUGGAUGCUUCAAUUGGUCAGGAUCCCAUUGUAAAUCCUCAAAUGCAAAUGCAAAAUAAGUCCAGAGAUUCAUUAGGGAGCAAGGUCAUAUCCUUGAGGAGUGGGCAAGGAAAUGAACUCAAGGAGUUGAAGAAUGUUGUUCAGGAAGCACAUAUUCCCAGUGUUUUAGUUGGUCAAGAUCCAAAAAGAAAAGAAGCUAGUGGGAUUCUGGCUGUUGGCCGAAUUCAGACUGCUGACGUAACUGAUGUUGCUCGUGUGAUGAAGGAGAUAUUUUCUGAGACUUGCUCUUCAAAAAAUAAAAUUGGUGACUCUUCUACAGUUGAAGUUAGAAGUGCCCCUGUUUCAAGUAAGAUGUCUGUGGAGGUGGCAAAAAACCAAAGCUCAGAGGGUAAAGCACUAUCCGCUGUGUCAAUUUUAGAAGCUACAGUUCCAGUCAUGGGGAGUUCAAUUGAUGAUUCUAAACAGCCUGGGUCUGGAGAUGGUGUCAAGAUGGAAGGGGAUCAUACUCCUGCUUUGGGUAAGGCUCCUACUUCUGAAAUCAAUCCCUCUAUGCUUGAAAUCAAGACCAGUCAUGGCCCUGUUGAAAAAAUGAGAGAGUUGAUACGGGCUUCCACUGAAAACCCAGUCACGGGAAGUAACAUGGAAGUCAGUCAUUCAGUUCUUGAUGCUGGUGACAGGGACAAUAUUACUUCUCAGAGACCUGCUCCCGAAGGUCUUCUUGGUGAUAGUGGUGAUCCUCCCAUGGUUACCCUAUCUGUUUCAGAUGUAACAGAACACCCUAGGAGUGACUCUGGAAACAGAAUGGAGGCUUCAAAAGCAUCUCCUAAGUCUUCUCCACAUGUUGUUAGCCUUGGCAAUCGUACAAUUUCCAUUAAACCUGAUUAUACUGAUUAUUUUUCCUUAGGGACUGUUACUCCUGUUGCAGAUCAUUCAGAUUCAAGAAAUAUCCUAAGUGUAGCUGAUAGUGUAUCUAGAAGCAGUAAUAAGCCUUCUGUGAAAGAGUCCCUAGAUUCUUCUCUUGAAAUCAGAGAUGAUGAAGCUAAAACUCAUAUUCAAUCGGGGGUUGAUAUAACCAAGGUGGAGGGUGAGGAGGUCUGCAAAAUGCAAAUUGAUCCUGCUGUAUCAGAGGCCUCUUCUCUUAAAUAUCUGUUUUCUUCCAACAAGAUAGAGCCAAACAGUUCUGCAGCUGGAGCCAGUCAUCGAAAGGAUGCUUUUUCUCAGUUUGGUGGGAUUGUGCUGCAAAAUAUUUCUCCACUCAGAGGAAAUACCUAUGGCCCAUGUGAGAAUGAUCUUGUUGGAAGCUCAGUAGUAGUGGAGGAGCCACACAAAUCUGAAGCAGGUAACGAAGCAGAAUAUUCUCAGGUUGGUGUGUUUGUGCCAAAAGAUUUGUCAGAAAACAUGGUUCUACCCUCGUCCCCACUGGCAAGGGAGGAAGAAAAGGACAGUAGACCAUUUGAGCAGGGUUUAGCUGGCAGCUCAAUAGAACCAGAAACAUCAAAGGGGUUUGAGGCUCAAAUGGCCAGUAAAAUGGAUGUAUCUAAUGCUAAUGUUAUCAUUCCAGAAAUUAGACCAGAACACAUGGUUCUACCCCAAUCUUACUUGGAAGCAGAAAAAAACAUCAAUGGCAUUUUGGAGAAUGAUGUGGCUUGCUGUUUGGUGGUGCCAGAGGGAGCAAAGGGAUCUGAAGUUGAAAAUGAUGAUCAGAUGGGCGCGCAGAAGGUGUCUGAUAGUGUACAAGAAAUUGUGGAUCCCUUACCAUCUUCUCUUGUAAUAGAGGAAGAUCAGGUUGAGGGCUCAUCGGAGAAGGGUGCGCUUUGUUUCUCUAUAAUAGUUCAAAAUUCAGGAGGGUCAGAAGCUGAAGCAGGCCAGCAACUAGAUGCAUCUCAUGCUGAGACUUUGGUACGAGAAAAUGUAUCAGAGAACAUGGUUUCGCCAAGAUCUUCCUUGGUAUCAGAGGCACCAGUGGUUGAGGGCUCUUCUGAGCAGGAUAUAUUUGGCUUCUCAGUAGUACUAGAGACAUCUAAAGGGUCUGCUACUAAUAAUGAGGUUCAAGUAAAUCCAUCUCAGGUAGAUGGAGUUGUGCCUGAAACUAACACGGUGCAGGAAUCUGAGAUUGCAAGAUCAUCUGAGAACCACCAAGAUGACAGCUCAGUAGCCAAGCAAUCAAAACCAUCUGCAAUUGAAGAGGGCAGUCAAAUGAUAGUAUCUGAGGUUGGUGGAAUUGUGCAUGAAACUUCUUUGGAAAACAGUUGUGUGCCAUCUGUCUCAGAAACAAAGGCAGAAAAUGCUAAUUGCUUAUAUGAGAAAAGUUCUCAUUGCGUCUUGCUUGCUCUAGAGGAAGCAAAACAGUCUGAAAUUGAAAGUAGCAACCAACUGGUUGUAUCUGAUUUUCCUAUGACGGGGCCUGAAAAUUCUUUGGAGAACAUAUGCCAGUCUUCAUGUUCUCUAACAAUUGAGGCGGAUAAGAUUGAGGGCUUGUCUAAGAAGAGUUCUUGUGACAUCUCAGUAGCAAUGGAGGAAUCAAAAAAGUUUGAAAAAGAAAACGAUGAAUCUCAUGUUGGUAGCAUGGAAUGUGAAGAAAGUCAAGUUGUUGGUACCAGUUCCAAACACACACAGGUUGGUAGCAUUGGACCAGAAGAUACAUCUGGAAACACAGACAAAUCCUCAUAUUCCUCAGAAAUGCAGGAAGGUAAGAUUGAGGGCUUAUCUCAUAAUAUCCCAGAGGAAUUAAAUAGGUCGGAAGCUGAAACAGAUAAUCAAACUCAGUAUGCUGGGAUGGCUCUAGCCAACAUGUCAGAAAAUAUCGAGGGCUCUUCUUCCUCGGGGAUGCAGGAGGACAAGAUUGAGGGCUCAUCUCUGAAUGUACCAGAGGAAUCAAAUAGGUUGGAAGCUGAAAUAGAUGAUCAAACUCAAUUUGAUGGGAUGGCUCUAGCUAAGAUGUCAGAAAAGAUUGAGGGCUCAUCUCUGAAUGUCCCAGAGGAAUCAAAUAGGUCGGAAGCUGAAAUAGAUGACCAAGCUCAAUGUGGUGGGAUGGCUCUAACGAACAUGCCAGAAAAGAUAGAGGGCUUAUCUUCCUCAGGGAUGCAGGAAGACAAGAUUGAGGGCUCAUCUCUGAAUGUCCCAGAGUCAAAUAGGUUGGAAGCUGAAAUAGAUGAUCAAACUCAAUUUGAUGGGAUGGCUCUAGCUAAGAUGUCAGAAAAGAUUGAGGGCUCAUCUCUGAAUAUCCCAGAUGAAUCAAAUAGGUCGGAAGCUGAAAUAGAUGACCAAGCUCAAUGUGGUAGGAUGGCUCUAGCAAACAUGCCAGAAAAGAUAGAGGGCUUAUCUUUCUCAGGGAUGCAGGAAGACAAGAUUGAGGGCUCAUCUCAUAAUGUCCCAGAGGAGUCAAAUAGGUUGGAAGCUGAAACAGAUGAUCAAACUCAAUUUGGUGGGAUGACUCUAGCUAAGAUGUCAGAAAAGAUUGAGGGCUCAUCUCUGAAUGUCCAAGAGGAAUCAAAUAGGUCGGAAGCUGAAACAAAUGACCAAGCUCAAUUUGGUGGGAUGACUCUAGCGAACAUGCCAGAAAAGAUAGAGGAUGUAUCUUUCUCAGGGAUGCAGGAAGACAAGAUUGAGAGUUCAUCUCAGAAUGUCCCAGAGGAGUCAAAUAGAUCAGAAGCUGAAACAGAUGAUCAAACUCAAUUUGGUGGGAUGGCUUUAGCUAAGAUGUUAGAAAAGAUUGAGGGCUCAUCUCUUAAUGUCCCAGAGGAAUCAAAUAGGUCGGAAGCUGAAACAGAUGACCAAGCUCAAUGUGGUGGGAUGGCUCUAGCGAACAUGCUAGAAAAGAUAGAGGACUUAUCUUCCUCAGGAGGGAUGCAGGAAGACAAGAUUGAGGGCUCUUCUCUGAAUGUCCUAGAGGAAUCAAAAAGGCAGGAAGCUGAAACUGUAACAGAUGAUGAAACUCAGUGUGAUGGGAUGGCUCCAGCGAACAAGUUGCCGUCAUCUUCUCUCUUGGAGGAAAAGACUGAUGUCUUAUAAGAGAAAGAUUCAGCUGAAUAAUAUUGGUGGAUCCAAAAUUAUCUGUGUUGUAGAGUGAUAAGCUGUCUUCAGCUAGAAUUGUGCCAAGAAAGCACCAUCGAGCUUGGCUUCAUUUUUGAGCAUCAGUGGGAAGAUUUGAGGGCCAAUUUGAAAAGGACCCAGUUGGGGAGGUCAGUGGCACCAGAGCAAUCACGAAGAUCCGUGGCUGUUUCUGUUUCAGGUAUUUAUUAACAAGAAUUUUACUGUACAGCUGUGCUGUAAUUUCCUGAAAUAUAGCCUGUAUUUAAGCUCACUGAAUUUGGGUUGACUGUCUUGACUGACAACACCUAAGUUAUCAGGUUUUAUAUCGCCCCGUGUAAGUGUUUAAGUGAUUGUAGAGUACCGUGUAUAUUAGUGUUUUUAUUCUUAUCGAUAAAUUUAUAGAAAACUCAUGUUUUGUAAAA